AUGUCAGGCGGAUCCAGUCUAGGCGUAGGAGGAUCGCAAGGUUUCGGGGCGAGCACGCCUUUGGGCGCCUCCUCGAACGCCAUGGGAGCAAGCGCCAAUGGUGGGGCAGGCAUGGAGACGCUGCAAUCUUUCCCUCAACUAAGCAUUUCCGAACUCUUGUCCGUUCUAUCCGAAAUGGGAACGCCGGCGACGUCGGAGGAAUUGAGCAAACCUACACCGGAAUUCGCUGCAAAGGUGUUUGGAGCGUUUUUGGAGAGCUUGAAUGGAGUGACGGGCAAAUGGAUCGAGAGGCAGAGAGAUGCCAUUUGUGGUCAGCUGGAAUACAGAGUGAGUGGUUCUUGA